UCGCAGUGGAGUUGAAUAUGAGCGGAUGGGAUGGAGCACACUGCGCGCGCCAGUAAAAUAGUGUGGCUGUAGUUUAAAUGGACUAACAGGAUACUUUUGGGUAUUAUAAGAACAGUUUCUCGGACAGAAUUUGGAACCAGCAUCAUUGUGGCUCAUGGCAGAUCAUUGAUUAAAGCACAAGCAGCGAUGAACACGGUAGUCUUCAGUAAGUUUGACCACCGGCGCUUUGACGAGAGCGGAAAGAGUGUAGAAAGGACCGGCAGGAACUAUUUAGAGGUGAUCGAUGGGCAACAUCGAGAUUUACUGUCAAGCCACAAAGUGAUGGAUGGCACCGGAGCUCUUAAACACAGGAGAAAUGGCGGGGGGAAGGUGCGGCACAAACGUCAGACCCUGCAGGAUAUGGCUCGACCCCUGAAGCAGUGGCUCUAUAAGCACAGGGACAACCCUUAUCCCACCAAGACUGAGAAGAUACUGCUGGCUCUGGGCUCCCACAUGACCCUAGUUCAGGUCUCAAACUGGUUUGCUAAUGCAAGACGUAGGCUCAAGAACACAGUGCGACAGCCUGACUUAAGCUGGGCUCUACGCAUAAAACUCUACAACAAAUAUGUCCAAGGCAAUGCAGAGAGACUCAGCAUUAGCAGCAAUGACACAGCAUCAGACGAUGGGGAGAACACUUUACAGAUGCAGGCCAGUGUAUCAAACUUCAACAGACCCACGCACAAGAGCGUCAUUCAGGACGGCAGGGGAAAAGUGGUGGGGAGAAGUACAGAUCCUUCAGUUUGUGAUGAUUACGUCUCGCCACCGAAAUACAAGAACAGCUUGCUGAACCGUUAUUUAAAUGAUUCCCUUCAGCACGUAAUGGCUUCUGAAAAAGUUCUGGACUCUCGGAAGAGGAACCACUCUGGAUCGUUUAGCUCCAACGAGUAUGAGGACGAUCUUCUCUCACCCUCAUCAUCAGAAGCUGAGGCGAACUUCACCUACCAUACAGUGACUUUGGACUGUGGCACACACCCGGGUGAGAGCAGUGCUCAUAAAGGUGGCAGACGGGGAAAUGGUGAGACCUACUGGAAAGAGCUCCAUGCUGCCAUGGCCCUGACCAACCUGGCCCAUGGGAAGGAGAGCGCAGCGCCAGGCACCACCAGCUGUAUCAUCCAGAAGUCUUCCCAUAUAGCAGAGAUUAAGACUGUCAAAGUGCCCACACAACCCCGACAUUAGUGGCGAACAGACUGGAUGGAGGUCUUAUAAACUGUAAUAGGAUAUAAUUGCUAAAAGACUACCUGAACACUUGAGGAUGUACAUGCAAUAAUUUUGUUGAAAACUACCCACAACACCCUUUUCUGAGAGGAAAAAAUAAAUGGUGAUUGACCAGUGUGCCUAUUUUUCUACCACUGUCUAGUGAAAAAUGACAGUAAGAUGUACCACUAAAAACAGAAGCACAGAAAUCUCACUCGUUCUGAUUUGUACUGUCAUCAUUUUUGAAUUACACUUUUUUUGUCAGUUGCUGAAAUGUAAUAUAUUCAUUUAUGUAUUCAAUUUUUUAAGUUAUGUUAAUUUUAACAUUAAUUGACGCAGGAUUAUUGUCAUCCCAUGACAAUGCUAUAUAAACCUUGGAGUCUUGUGUUUUUCAGUACAGCUUAUAAAGGAAGUUUCUAAUGUUUCAAAUAUUCUACCCCCGAGUGAACCUACUUUUUUUUUUUUUUUGCAGAGAUACGCUUUUAAUUUCAUGUGGGUCAUUGUCUGUGAUGUUUCUCUUACAAAGCAGAGUUAAGUGAGAGCAAAUAAAGUGAGAGCAUACGGAAUACAAUUGUGCUUUGAUAGAAUUUGCUCAUCUCAUCUUUAUUUUUCACCUGAACCAGUGUGGAAAAUAAAGAGUGGGAGCCACAUUUCUGUAAGGGAAACUGUAACUUCCAAUCUGAUAAAGAAUUAGUCGAAACAGUCACACUUAACAGCCGUACAGUGCUUGUACCAGUCCAUAUUGGACAGGCAUUUGCAUUUCAGUUAUGCACCUGAUAAUUCUUGUAGAUAAUUUUCUUGCAGUCCAUUAUGCCUGAGUUUUGCUGGACACAUUUAAACACAGUUCAGUCAGCAGUUUCACUUUAGGAAUUUGGAAUUGAACAUUCAGGAUGGUCUGGCCUAUAUCUCCUUUCAAACCUGACCACAUGCUCUGUGUUUUGCUCUGAAGUUUUCUUUCUCCCCACCCAAGCUUCAAGGAAGACUGAAGCAUAUUUUUCACCAUUCUUUUGGCCUUACCAUCAUCUAUAAUCAUUCAGUGGUCAACUGCACCCGCUGUGUCAACACAAAGAGCCCAAUACAUAUAGUAAAACACCUCACUGUGAAAUAGAGCAGUAGAAAAAAAAAAGGUGUAACUCGGUGGAAAUCUGUUGAUUUUGAUGUAGUUUCAGUCCAAGGCAUUAUGAGGGCCACAGUGAUCUUUAUAUAAAAGUUUAAUUCAGAGACCAUACCACAUUUAAGAGUCUGUUCACAGUGCUCUUCUGUCAGUGUAUUGCACUGUUGCCUGGAAAAUGGGCUUUGGAUAGAUAUUAUCGUACACAUAAAACAGAAAUCACAAUUAGAAAUGACAUCUACAAAAUGGAAGGUCUGUCAAUAUUUAAAGUUCUAAAAAAAAAAUAAAAAAAUUAUA